AUGUCUAAAAAACGCGAGGAGCCGCACUACCCGUGCGCCGUUCUGGUAGAGAGCGCGCGUAGCGUGUGCGUACGCGGUUCUUGGCACGAGUUCAGUUCAACCGCCAUCGACUAUUUAAAAAGCUCGGUCACCGCUCUUUUUGCAUCUGUUCUACUACUUCUUAAUGGACGAAUGAAAAAAAAAAUCAUUUUGUAGAAAAAAGACCUAAAAACCUUGAAAUUGGGAUGAAAAUAGCCUGUGCGGUUUGACAAUCUGCCGUACAUUGGUGUAGCUAUUAUUGAGAAGAAAGUCUGAUGAAAAAUGGAAAACUAUACGCCUCUGCAAUUUUUCAUGGCGCUUUGAUCUCCGGCUCGAAAUUUCUAGCUGCUAUUCAUCGGAAAGUGUCCGAAAGCUUUUUGGGAUAUAUAUCUUGAACGUUUUGUUUUUUUUUGUUAAUUGAAAUCGGCAGACAUUUGAAAGUUUUUUUCUGCUGUGCUUGAGUUCCUUUUUUAAAGUUCAAGAAAGUUUCAGAUAUUCUCUGACAUGAGGCGCAUAAAGGCCGCCACAACUCUUUCUCUGAACAACGUUGUUUCGUCGUUAUCUAACUGCGAGAAAACGACGAAACAGUGUAGGUCAGAGAUAGAGUUAUGGCCGCCUUUACGCGCCCUAUGUCAAAGAUAUUGGCGUGGCGCCAAGAAAGAAUGUGCGCCCCAUCAGACAUGUAAAGACAGAUGUUUUCAAAAUUUCAAUUUCAAAUUUCGGCUUUUCUUUUCAUUCUCCUUUUUAAAAUUAUUUUCACAUUAUCAGCUUGUUGUGCAUUUUUUUUUGAUUCGACUGUGACUCUUUUUUUUUUUAUUUGUAUGCGUCUUCUUGCUCAUAUGCGCAAGAAGACUUGCAGCAUAGAAAGGAACAUCUAAAAAAAUAAUAUAUUUUUCAUUUUUUUAUUUCCACAUACGGCCUCAGGAAUCGGGAAAUAUAAUUACCAAUAAAUAAAUGACGCUCGUUUAAAGUGUUUUACUGUUUCUAUUCUUAUUGGUAGAAAGUCGUCUAAUACAUAUUUUUCCAAGUCUUAUUACUCGUUUAGAAAAAUUUACAGUCGAUAAUUAAAGAACUCAUUCUGUUUUUCAAAGGGAUUCAUCCAAAUUAAAAAAAUAGCACUAAAAAGUGAAAAAAAGAUGAUUAAUUUUUUUAGAAUUAAUUUUUUUCGCGAAAAAUUUCUUUUUAAAAAGGUAUCAUGAAGUUUUGAAAACUUCUCUGAAACAUUUCAUCUAUCUUCGUUUAUUUUCGUUACUAUGAUUGUAUCGCAAAAACUUCAAAAUCAAACUUGAGGUAUGUCGCAAAAAGAAGAAGAUCAAAUAAAUAAGGAACCGACUCCUGAAUAUCAGCUGCAGUUUGAUUAUAAUUCUGUUCCAAACAAGGACGAGCCGCCUCAGGAAAAUGGAAUAGAAAAGGCACCCGUAGAGAAUGAAGAAACACCUGAGACGAAUUUUGUGCGGCUGCGAGGACUUCCUUUUUCCUGCACCGAGGCUGAGAUUCGCCAGUUUCUCAAAGGUUUGUUAUUGAUGCAAAUCGAAGCUUUUCACCGGAAUAAAUUUAGAUAUCGAUGCAUCCGCCAUCACUUUUGGACCACCCAGUGACGGAAGACCCAGUGGAGAAGCUUACGUCGAAAUUAAAAACAGAAGCGAUGUUCUUCGCGCCCUGCAGUUCAAUAGAGAGAGGAUCGGGGAUCGUUAUAUCGAAGGUUUAUUAUUGUUCAAGCUAUUUUCGGAAAGCUCACAUAAAACAACAAGAAUGGUGAAAAAAUCAUGUCUUCAAAAAAAUUUAUUUAUUGGCCAGCGUGUUUUUCAUCUGGACAAAUAGAAAUUUUUAGAAAAAAGAAAGUGAUUUUUUUCAUGUAGUUAGUUUUUAACAUUUUUUCAUAUGUAGUUUUUUUCAAAUAAUUUUUUUUUUUAAGUUUUCACGGUAACGGAGAGCGAGCUGUCUUUUCUCAAUACGCAAGGCGUUUUCGGCGACGAGGGCAAAGUGGUGCGCCUGCGAGGCCUGCCGUGGUCAGCGACUGCAGAAGACAUCAGCCUGUUUUUCAAAGGUUUUUAAAGUUUUCCGCUUCUUACACACUUUAAGUCCCACAAUCAAUGAAACUGCUAGAUAAUAUGGGAUAAGGCGUUUGGUAUAGGUCUGGGACCGUUGCAAGUGGUAUUCGGACAAACGGGAGGGCGGCCAAGCGGCGACGCUUUCGUUCAGUUCAGCGUCGCCGAGGACGCGCAACGUGCCAUGGCGUUUAACAAUCAGCACUUGGGAUCGAGGUGGGUGGGCACAAGCCAGGAGUCUUCUGAACCUUCCACCAAUCAGAGGGCUCCAUGUCUUUCGCGACAAAGAGCAAUCAUGAAAAAAGAAAAGGGGCUGCAUACUUAGAAUCCUGAGGUUGUAGAGGAGAGAAGCCUCGUGCUCAUGUCCCUACAAACCUUCAUCAUCAGGGAGAUUUGCAGUACUCUGCAAUUUUAUGGCCUACGUCCCAUUUUUGGUCUGAUGUCAUAAAGGAAGUAAGAUUUCUGGAAAAAAAAAUACUGAAGAUCUUAUUGAGUUUGGAGCUUAUUCAUUUUUUCUCCUUCUCAAAUAUUAUUUAUUUCUUAUGAGAUUGUUCCACGUAAAUCGCUUUGCGGCUUUAUGUUUAAGAACUGGUUUUUUUUGGAAAGAAAAAUUUUUUCUGUUGAAAGGAAGCUUGGUUUAAAUUGAGAAGAUGAUCUGAUCUCAUUUGAAAAAAAUUGAAGGGAAGAUUAUAGGUUGUUUUAAUUUUCGAAUCAGCAUUUGGCAGUCGUAUCUUCAUUUUUCGUCAUUUUGAGAUAAAUUUGCUCACAGUAUGAUGUAGGUAAAUGUUUCUUUUUCUCAAUUACGACCUCGCCAGAGCUUGAAAAUUUAGUGCAUUCGCUAGACUCGCAAGUUUUGCACAGCCUGAAUAUUCAGCGAGAACUCCCACUUUUUACUUCAUUGUUCACUUUUCAUUUGACCAAAAUGUUUUUAAAAGCCUAAAACUUCGUUCUCAAAAAGUCCAUAUUGUUGUCAUAGCCCCUACUGACCUAACAUCGAACUUUAAGAUACAUCGAGGUGUUCCAUUCGUCAUUGGGGGAGCUCGAAAGUGCUCGAGAUGGCUCAAGUCGAAAGCCAUUUGCAGCAUCCAAAAGCGAACGUCCUUAUCGCAACGAGUAAGUUUAUAACAUGUUUUGAUGGUUGUGUAUAAUCUGUAAAUAUGGCUCAAUCGAUGCGAUAGAAAGUAUGAAGGCUUCUUCCUGUCAACUUAUGCACCACUGUCUCAAGAAAAAAAUGGUUUUCAAAUUUUAAGCGAAACGGUUCAAAACAAAGUUUCUGUAGUAUUUUUGUCUUUCAGUUAGUGCUGACUUGUUCAUAACCUUCAACGGUAUGAGCACAUAAAACAACACAGAGAAACGGGAAAGUGAUUACCCCCUUAGGAACCUUCGAACUUGACGGACAGGACUCCUGAUUUCGAAGAGAAAUGCAAUUUUUAGGUCUUCAAAUUCAAAAAUUCCGUCUUUGAUGAGUGUUGCACCGACGUCGCCCAACUUCCGCGGAGGAAAUGAUUUUGAUCGCGAAGAGUUCAGACGCGGAAAUGGCCGCUGCAAGGUUUUUUUCUACAUUUUUCAACGUUCCCAAGGACUUACUCAGAUUUACAUGCGCGGACUGCCUUACGACGCCAAUUCCAGGUCCGUCGCUGCAUUUUUCUCACCGAUCCCCCCUACUUGCAUACAGGUUUCUUAUAUCAAAGUUAAUAAUUUCACUGAACUUUUUUUAAAGAUCGGAUAUAAUGAGUCAGGAAGACCGUCUGGAGACGGAUGUGUCGAAUUCGAAAAUUCGAUAGAUGCCAACGAUGCGAUGGAAAAAAACCGUUCGAGCAUGGGGCGAAGGUUUGAAAAAAAAUUUCUAAAAAGAAACCACUCAGAUAUUUGUUCCGAGUUUUGGGUUUUUAGUCAUUCUUAAAACAUUUCAGUGAGUGAAAAAAAAUAAGAAAAUAAAAAUUUCCUUCUACUCAUAACCUAUAUACAUUUUUUUGAGUUUUUUUCUUUUUGUUUGCUCUUCAUACGAUUAUCAAGUUCAAACACCUUUUCUAUGAAGUAAAAAAAGCAUGAUCGAGUUCUGAAGAAAGUGAUUUGUUAUGUAUUUCUUUCACUCCUUAAGCAGAAAAAGAACUUAAAAUUUUUUCAAAUUUCUCUUUUUUAUUGAAUACUAAAUCACAAACUUGAGACAGAAAAGUUGCGAUUUAGAUACGUGGAGUUGUUUCCUGCACAUGACGCGCCACCGACGAUGAGGUGCGUCAAAUGGCAGACAGUACUCGGAACGCCAUCUUCUGGUGGAUCCCGCCGUGGUCCUGCGCCGUUCGAUGAAUGGAUGGAAGAAACGUUCGAGGCGCCGCCGAAACUCCGUGCAGGCAGCGGACCUCAGAGAGGUGGCGGCAGAGGUCGAGACCGACGGGGCGGAGGUGGCUACGACAGCUUUCCGUCGAGAGAAGAUCGACGUGGGGGAGGCAGAGGGGGAGGCCCCAGAGGUGGUCGUGGAAGGAAGGAAGACCGAGGAGGAGGUCGUGACGGAGGCCGCGGCGAUCGGAACAGAUCUGUUCCUAGGGCUGGACCUCCGCCGGCUGCUCUUCAAGGUGACAUUUGUGAAGAGUUCAGCUUUUCGCUCAACUGCGAAACCCUAUUUUCAUAGUUCUAUUUCAUUUUCCGAGUGUCCAUCGUUUUUCCGGUUUGAAACAACAUUGCAGACCUUGAAGCCGCAAUUUCAAGCUUUUUUUUUUGCAUAGUGUGAUCGAAUUUUUCUGAAUAAGAUUUAAAACAAAACUUUUCAAAAAUGGCAGAAUGUUGUUUUCUGCCUAUGAGAAAAACUCAUUGCAUAAUGCUCAAAAGUAGGCUUUCUUCUGUACUCCGUUGUACGCGACUUGAAAAAAUUCAUUUCAGCUCGAUUUUCGGAUAGUAGGUACGGUAGCAGUGAUUUCGCCCACCACUCCUCCUCUAGUUUGGACCAAGGCUACAGAGGCGGCUACGGUAAUCUUUAACACUUAUGUUUCCUGAGAUUCGAUUUCGCACGAAAGUUUUCGUGGUAAUCUAUAACGUAUUCGCUUGCCAUCUUUCUAGUUUUGUAACCUUUUUUCUUUCAAAAACCAAUGCCAAAAAAGUAUUUCGAAGGACAGGUUCCAAAACAAGCGGCAAUCUUUUCUUGUUUCCCCCCACUAACUAUACCUUUUCUACUUGAUUCCAUCUUCAGAACGUGAACGGGAACCGCAUCAAAGUGCUGGAGACUCGAACACAAACAGCUGGGGAGGCUACGGCUCAGGUGGCGGAGGCUCCUUCAACGCGUCUUCCGGAAACUCCUCGUCCAUCACUUUCGGCAUUCCUACUGGCUACGGGGCUCCAGCUGGCUACGGCGCUCCUUCUGGAUAUAGCUCGGGACCAAAUUCCGGCUCUCAAGGCAGUUACGGAGGUGGAUGGUAG